CUUAUCCAUUCGUUAAAUAUUUAGAGAGUACCUGCCUUACUUGACAACUCGUGAACCAGUCAAUGUUUACCCAGGAAACCAAUUAAAAUCCAAUUUAAACUUAAAACGAAUCCACUGGCGUAGGAGAGAAAACAAAAGGCAGCAACCAUGACGGAGGCAUCUGAGUCACCGUAUGAGCCAUCAAACAGGACAUUGUAUGACCCAACAUUAAACUUCCAGGGCCUUGAAAUAAAGAGAACAGACACUCCGGAGACAAUGCUGACAGAGUAUCCAUUCAGACCUGCACCAGAUAUCUCCAUCAUUUGUGAGAAAUGUAAAUCCUUCAUUCCCUUAACGGCACUAAAAGAACACAGAAGCUUCCAUCAAGCUUUGACCUUGCUACGGUAUGGAAGUGACGAACCGAAGAAUUCUGACUUGCUACUGAAACGACGAAACUUUGUUAUGAGAAAAAUAAAAUCAGCUGCAACAAAAGAUAAACCAGUUACUCCUCAGCAGAUACAAGAAAUAAAUGAUGCUUAUGAAUAUCUUAAAUCGUUACUGGAUGGAAAUUUUGAAGAGAUGAGACAGGUUAGAGAAGAUGUGAAUGCGGGUGUUGGUGGGGUUGCCUUAAACUGCAGUCCGGAUUGCGUGCAUGCUGUUGGUAUUGCAGCAAGCGCUAAUGAGAGAUGGAAAUCCUAUAUGGAAGACACUCGGAUAUUUCAGGAUUGCUUUGGUGAAGACAAACAUAAAUGCUUCCUUGGUUUGUACGAUGGUUAUCAUGGAAGAUUUGCAGCUGAAAUGGCUGCUAGUGAACUACAUAAGUUGCUUCUUAGUGAAAUGAUAAAGUUUGAUCCAAGAACAAAGUCAGUAAUGGGAAGCAAUGUUUUGGGAGAGCCAGAUAUUUCACAUUACAAGUUUGAAAGACCGGACACAAAACAGAGUGAAAGGGCUGUUCUCUAUGACGAAAGUGUUAGCAUUAUUCAGAACAUUAUCAACAUCUGUGAGUCUAAAUACAAUGAAAUGAUUAAAAGACUGGAUAGUGAUCCCGAAAAUUUGGACAAACUUAAAGAAGAACCCAGCAAUGAAGGAAAGAAAAAAAAGAGACAGAAAACUCCCUUUGAGCAGAAGAUGGAGAAUUCAUUUGCUCGAGCAUAUUAUUACCUGGACAUUUUGCUGUCGUAUGGAAAGGAUGAAAACUCAAGAAUUAGAUGGAGUGGUUGCUCAGCUGCUACAUGUGUGAUCCAGGACUUAACUGAAGAGGAAGCUUUAGAAACAGAUCGUGAAAGUGUUGUCAGUGAAAGGGCAGCCACUGGGCAGCUCGACCCUCCAAAAACUGUAGGGAAGAUACAUAUAGCCAAUGCAGGUAAUGUCCAUGGUGUGUUGGUACGAGGAAAUCGCGCUUACAGUCUUACCAAGGAUCACACACCGGCCAAUAAGAAGGAACGCAACAGAAUACUCAAAGAUGGGGGAACUCUGACUGAAAGUAAUAAAGACUGCUGUGUCAAUGGCGUGCUCCUGACUACCCGCGGCCUUGGUAACCAUGGUGACCUGCCCUUAAAGAAAUGUGUUCUCGUUGAACCCCACACAGGAAGUGCACCCAUUGACCAGUAUGCACAGUUUCUAAUUUUAGCUACAAGGGGAGUGUGGGAAGUGUUCACUGAAAAAGAGGCUGCCUCAAUUCUGAUAAGGCUUUUGCCGAACAACCAAAUUCCCGCUCCGAACCGAGUAAGCUCCACACUGAACUCCCUAUUUGAUCAUAUGGCCCCAUCCAACUCCUCACAGGACCUACCGAGCUCACGGCGCGUCUCAUUCUCCAGCAGGGAAAACACUCCAAACGGAGGAAGGAAGAGUACCGAGGCCCAGCAGGGCAGACAGAGAAGUGCCACUUUGGAAUCAGUUGCUGAGAGUCUCAAAGAAGAUGGUAGCGUCAAAUCAAGCCAGGGGUCAACCAAAGGUCAAGGUCAAGAAAAAGGUCAAGAGUCAGACAACAGUCAAGGUCAGAGUUCAAAGACAGCAGUUGAAGGUCAAAGGUCAUCUGAUGAAAAUGAUAAAGAAAAGGCAGCUGAAGGUCAAGGUCAACUAUCUGACUCACAAAGGUCAGAAAGUCAAAGAUCAAAAGCUAGCACCCCAGGUGAGGGCAAACAAUCAGAAUCCUCAUCUCAAAUACAGAAUCAAUCCACGCCGUCCUCAAGUCAGCCAAACUCAAGUGACAAAAGUACAAAGCCUAAAAAGAAUUAUCGUGAACAGGAUAUGCAAACAGAGGUCGGGAGUCACCAAGGCGAUGAAUCUGAUUCUGGUAAUGAAGCCGAUGUAGAAUCGUACCUCGACAAUGUCUCCUUUCCAGGCAGUAUCUCAAGAAUAUCAUUGUUUGAUGGUCCGCCAUCUCGUGAGCAGAUUCAAAGGAACCAUGCUCAGUACAUGGCCCAGCAUUUGGUUCAAGCUGCGUUGUUAGCGGGGGCCAAGGACAAUGUUACUGUUAUGAUUGUCCUGCUUCCGGGCUCGGGACUUUAACAACAUAGCUUAACUAAUGAGAAUUAACAUUUCAUUGUCAUUUAAGUUCUUGUUAUUAAUAAGUAAAUUAGCAUUUAAUAACUAUCAGAGAGCUUGAAAAUGUUCACUGCAACUAGUUGAAAGCUUUAAGCCACUGCCACCUUUUGUUUUGAAAUAUGAUCCCCUUUUCAUGGAGGAUAUAGAAAAACUAUCUGCAUGUAAUGUAAGUGAAAUGGUAAGGAUUAUUAUUUAUAACAUUUUGUUGAAUUGGGGUUUAAAAUACUGCUGUUAUAGAAUGAUAAGUCUAUUCAUUUCUACUAGUGCUGUGAUUUCCAUAUACCUUGUAAUGUAUAAAGAUAAUGUUUUUAUAGUUUGCGGACAACACACAUUCACAGGGUUUCCAAACAGUAUUGUUGUCAAUUGCUUGAUAAGCUGACAGUGUUUACAUUUGUUCUGUAUUCAUCAUGUUACGUUCAUCAUGUUACGUUUAAGCAUAAUCUUUUUUAGACAGCUUAUAUAACUAGAGUUAUAAUACAUGUUCAUAUUUUAUCUUGCUUUUAAAUGCUUUGUUUGUAAUGUAUUUAAACUUACAUAUAGAAAGUUAUCUCAAAGAGUAAUAAUUUGUACUAUAAUAAUUAAAUCUGAUAUUUAUUUUUACAUUCUCAGGGUAUGGUAUAAAAAUGAGUGUAGAAUUGAUGGAAUCACAUAAAAUAAACAUCAAUAGGAUAUUUCUAUAACAUUUCAUCACAUGAUGUUGCUUGUUUCAAGUGAAAUACAAUAUGUAUUUUCUUAUAAUAUAAUGCUAGUGUAAUAUAACUUCACAGUGAUGUCAUUUCACCAUACUAAUAUAGCAUGUUAAAGGGAGGUACUCAAUGCAACCCACUAAGCAUGAUAUGGAAUUUUAAAUAUAGCGAGCUGUACUUUCACUGUUGGAUAUGAAAAAGGAAAUUGAGAGGCAUAUAAUCAACUUGAUUGUGACGUCAUUGCCCCCUACUCAUGAAGCAUGAAUUUUAUUUUAUUAUUCUGAAAAAUUAAUAAAAUAUUUGGGGGGGGGGGCAUUUUUUUUUGGUUUCAUGUGAUAAAGGAAUCUUACUUGAGUUGCCAUGAUUUGAUAAAAUGUAUUGAAACCCUUCUGUCAAAACAAAGAUAAAAAAUAUCUUCAUAGUUUUUUUUGUUUUAAUGUAUGUUUGUUUUUGUUUCAGUUUGUUAAGUUUGGUUGUUGGAGUGUUAAGUAAAUUGGAAAUUGCAUUUUACUGAUUAUUAACAUUUAUUUGUUAUGUUUUCAUCAUUUUAUAUCUUUUUAAAAUAUUUGUGUUUUAAUUAUAUACUUUAUAUUAUUAUGUAUAAAAAUAUAUAAUCUUAUUUUUCUCCCUCCUAUGAGAAGAACCAUCAGUAUUACACUAAUUUAUACAGCUUGAUAAAUGAAAGAAAGAUUUUGUGGCUUGAAAAACAAAUCGUUAACGAGUAAAAUAAGUUUUUCAGCAUCUAAGGCUACACUGUAUUGAAAGCUGAUGUUGAAUUUACUCUCUUAAUAUCAAUGAAAUUGGGAAGUUUCGGAUUGUAAAACUUGAGAAAAUAUCUUGUGUGAGUUAGUAUAACACUAUCAAAAAAAGGAAAAAGGAAACAAAAUGCCUUGAAAAACAAUCAUUUUUUAGUUUCAAAAGACAACAUAUUUAGAACUAAAAGGAUUAAAACAUGAAAAUCUAAUAAUAAAGUUGUGAAUAAUUGACAAUAAUUUUAACCUUUUUUACAGUACAUACCAUUUUUUUACUGAUCUAAACUCAUUUUUAUAAUAGUCAGCUCCUUGAAUGGUUGUUUUGACUUGAUAUUUCAUGUUUUGUAUUUUUUUAUGAUUUAAAAGAUGAUAAAAAACCUACCUAUCAGAUGACCCUAACAUAGACAUCAACCUGGCUUGCCUUCUUAUUAUGCUGUAUUACUUCAUGUGUGUAUUUAUUCCUAUUUUUUUGGUGCUUUAUUGUUGAUUUCUUGAAAUUUUCUUUCUACAGUUGAGUGUUGA